AUGACCAACACAUCGCCAGACGGGGCCUGGGUUUUCGAGAAGGCAAUACUUGUUUAUACACCCGAUUUCGAUAUCACCGCUGAUGUUGAACAUAUCCCCAGGAGUAGUCAAAGAGUGUACAUUAGCCCGGAAAAGCAACGACCGCCUCUGUCCGCCUGGUUUGUUUUCCAUGCUCCCGGCGCGUGUCAAAAAGUUUCGGCCGUCUCAACACUAAGUCUGACACUUAGCGAGACCGGCAUUGUUCUUUGUCCGACUGGGAUGGAGACUCUAAGCCCAGCCAAUCCAGGAGACUUGAAUUUCGAUGCAUUCGCGAAAAUUUGUUAUUCCACAUCUCUAUGUCUAUACAUUUCCCAACGACAAUUUGCGGACGAAGAACUUGACCAGCUAGAAAUUUUCUCAGGUGCCCUACGAAGUCUUCAGGCAAAGACUUUUCAGAACGCUCGGCAUGGUGUGGAGGAGAGAGGUUGUGGUGUCUUUGCUCGGUGGCUCAAUCCAAAUCCACCCCCCUAUCCUGAGGAGCGCGUAUCCGAGCAGGGGGAUCCGCCCGUAUAUUGCAGGCAUUCUGAACAGGUGACUGGAAAACGGCGCACAGUCCCAUGGUUACUGUCACCUGACGAUAAAGCACGAAAGAGACUGCUCCUUACAUCCCCUGAACGGCUAAGCUCUACAUCCCCUGAAGCGCUAGACUCUCCCACCGAACCCACACCGAGUACUCGCUCCUCGUCACCGUCCUCAAUCCGCUCAAUCCCCCCAACUGACUUUAUGCUUGCUUCCUCUCCUGGCCGCACAAAGCGUAAGAGACUUGCGCGCCUUGAAGAGGAGCUCCGUGGAGUUUCCGAUGAGGAGAUAUGCCAAGUAUUAAUUCGAUCAGGACGGCAAUAUCUGCUGGCCAUACAAAAAGAUGUAGACAGAGAUCUGUCAUCCGAGUCUGAGACCGUCGGAAUUGCCAAUGUCAAUAUGCUUGAGCGCCGCCUCAAGCACAGCCUCAAACAAUAUGUCGAUGAGACGAUUGAGCACCUCAAAUCACAAGUUGUCGGUGAUAUUGUUGAGAGUGCUUUAAAUGAGUGUGAUGAAGCGAUCGAGGGACGAUACAGAACGCACGAAGCCGACUUGGAGGAACAGGUCGACGACUAUAAGGUUGACCUAGGCAUUACGGCCAAUGACUGUACGAAGGAAAUAGAAGAACAGGCGCUACGGUGCAUGGAUGAUAUCGAGGAUCAGGGGAUCAAGGUUGAGAAGUCUGCGACAGAAAGAUUCGCAGAGCUCACGCGCUGCUUGAGUGAUUCUGCCCAGUCCCUACUUGAUAGCAAGUCAAGCCCAGGCCAGCGGCGCACUGAGGGGCCUGAGGCUAGACGCAUUUCCAUUUAG